AUGACAGACACGGCCGUAAUCCACGAUGAUCCGAGUGGCACGAACAACGAUGACGACGCUGUCACUGAGCACGGUGACAGUGGUAUCAGCCACCUUCCCAAGAAAGAAGCACCUGAUGGCAAGAUAUAUUUCAGCUACUCCGAAAUUCACGCCACCAUCACUUCUCUCGUUCCUCAGCUCGAAGCAUUCCAACCCACACUCAUGAUUGCGAUUGGCGGCGGCGGAUUCAUUCCAGCACGGAUACUGCGGACGCAGCUUAAAGUGCCCAUUGUGGCUGUUAGUCUCGAGCUGUAUGAUGACAAUACUAAUUCUAUUCGUGAAACGGGCGUCCAGUGUUUGCAAUGGUUCGACGUGUCCGAAAAACCGGGCUCGUUCGCCCAGAACGGCAACGUCCUCAUCGUGGAUGAAGUAGACGACAGCCGAACCACGCUACAAUUUUGCGUCGAACAAGUCUUACAGCGGUGUUCACCGAAACGUAUUGCCGUCGCGGUCGUUCACAACAAGCUCAAGGUCAAAAAAGGCGUCCUACCGAGCCAUGUGGAGUACUUUGCCGGCGCCGACGUCCCCGACAAAUGGAACUGCUAUCCAUGGGACGCAGCCGCCUACGGACGGGAUAUUGAAACACACGAAGCGCUAUCUCGUGAAUGCUCCGGUCUACCCAAGUAG